AAAAGAAUAGCAAGACUAACAGUCAACCACAAUUUACAAAAUCAUAACUGAAAAACCAAACCCCACUAGGAUAACAUUUCCUUUUAUUUUUCUUUGAGAAAGAAAAAAAAUGGUACAUUGUCAAUGGCAACCAAACUUUCACAGUAUUUCUAUCAAGAAAGAUCUUUCUUGGAAAUGCAGACCAUCUAACAGAGUUUCCAUUAACAGAAUCAGAGGUGUACAAUGUUGCAGUAGUAAUUCAUCAUUUCCAGUAUCAUCAACAACAAGGGAAGAAGAAGUGGGAUUGAAGGUUGAGGUUGGAAAUGUUGGAAAACAAAGAGGAAAUUAUGAGGUUGACUGUUUUGUGAAUGAGAAUGGUUGGUUAGUGAGAAGAAUGAUUGAGACUGAAGAAGAGAUGAAGAAAGUUGCUGGAGUUCAAGCUGAAGCAUUUCAUGAACCUGUUUUCAUCUUCAAUGAUAUUUUCCUUGAAUUCUUUCAGGCUGAAGUACUUUCUGGACUUCUUUACAGAUUAAGGAAUUCACCACCAGACAGGUAUGCAUGUUUAGUCGCGGAGCCCUCAAGUGACAGUCCUCAAGAUAUUGUUGGGGUCGUCGAUGCUACAGCGUUUAGAGAUAACGAUGUUCUUCAGUACCUUCCUGGAGCAGCAGAAUAUCUCUAUAUUUCUGGGAUAGCUGUAUUGAACAAAUUCAGGAGGCAGAAAGUUGCAACUGCUUUGCUUAAGGCUUGUGAUGUGCUUGCAAGAUUUUGGGGUUUCGACUAUCUCGCCCUAAGGGCAUAUGAGGAUGAUUUUGGUGCUCGACGAUUGUAUACAAAUGCGGGGUACAGGUUAGUUUCAAGUGAUCCGCCAUGGACAACUACGUGGAUUGGUCGAAGAAGGCGAGUUCUUAUGGUUAAAAAGGUGUUACAUGAAUCAACUACUAACAUUCAUUGAAACAAAGACUUUGCUUCAAGUGUUUUGACAGUCACUCAAAGUACCUAUGAAUUGAAAAAAUAGAAUUCUGUAAAUACAAUAUAGUUGGACAAAACUGUUUGAUUGAUCUUCAGGAAAGAGUACUGUUUCUUGACUCUUGUGAAUAUUCCUUUUAUUUUUUCAGAGCUGACUGCUGCUGUUCUAUCUUA